GUGAGGAAGUGCCGAAACCACCAUGAAAGUCUACUAUCUCCGCUAACUCCGUCAAGUCAUAGCCAAAUCCCUCCUAAGUCUGAAGGGAGGGUCAAAAUGAAGUCAUUCUACCGAAGACCGGUGAAAGAAAAUGGUGGAAACCCUAACCCUAGGUGGCAAAAGCCUGAGGCCAGAACAGAACAGAACCAUGGGACAGGGUUGGCAAAAUGUACGGGGUGAUGAAUGUGGCAAACAUUCUUCGUGAAUUGACACACUGGGAAGAAAACGCGAAGCAGUUUUGAAGGGGCUGUGCGAAUAUGGCAGCCCGCAGGGCAGCUCGAGGCGUCCUGCGAGGCGUUCUCUCGUCUUUGCUUCACAGAGAAGCAGUGCCAGCUCUGAAUUACUCCUGCCAUGGCGUCUCCAGGUCGAAAUUGUUCUAUGAAUUUUCAUCAGCCAGGGGCAUGGCUGGCCUUGCCCAGCCUGCACAAGAGCGUGAGCCUUGGCGACAAGCCAUGGAGAAAGUGCGGAAUAUCGGUAUCUCGGCUCAUAUCGAUUCAGGAAAAACGACCUUAACUGAGCGGGUGUUGUUCUACACCGGUCGGAUUCAUGAAAUUCAUGAAGUAAGAGGGAAAGAUGGCGUGGGGGCCAAGAUGGACUCAAUGGAUCUGGAGAGGGAAAAGGGAAUCACCAUACAGUCAGCUGCUACUCACUGCACAUGGGGCGAUUACCAGGUCAACAUCAUCGACACACCUGGACAUGUGGACUUCACCAUAGAGGUGGAGAGGGCGUUGCGAGUUCUGGAUGGGGCUGUGUUGGUGUUGUGCAGCGUGGGAGGUGUUCAAAGUCAGUCGAUUACUGUCGACCGACAAAUGCGCCGGUACAAUGUCCCACGAGUUGCCUUCAUAAAUAAACUCGAUCGGAGUGGAGCCGAUCCCUGGAAAGUAAUAGAUCAACUGAAGAAAAAAUUGAAGCUGAAUUGCGCCGCUGUGCAAUACCCAAUCGGCCUUGAAACUGAACUGCAGGGUCUGGUCGAUCUCGUUCAAAUGAAAGCCUUUAUUUCAAAAGGUGCUCACGGGGAGAACGUGGUGGAAGAAGAAAUUGCUCCAGAGAUGCUCCAGAUAGCCACUGAGAAGAGACGUGAGCUGAUAGAAAUUGUAUCAGAAGUCGACGAAGAACUCGCUGAAAAAUUUCUGAGCGAUGAACCUAUUUCUGUUGAUGAACUUGAGGCGGCUAUUCGGAGAGCAACAAUAUCUUUGCAGUUUGUACCCGUUUUCAUGGGAAGUGCUUUCAAGAAUAAGGGUGUUCAGCUUCUCUUGGACGGAGUAUCCAACUUUUUGCCCUGUCCACUCGAAGUGAGCAAUCAUGCGCUUGAUCAAAACAAGAACGAGGAGAAGGUGAAUCUGUCAGGCUCUCCUAAUGCCCCUCUUGUUGCACUAGCAUUCAAGUUGGAAGAAGGACGUUUUGGCCAGCUUACAUACCUUCGGCUGUACGACGGAACCAUCCGCCGAGGUGAUUAUAUUGUAAAUUCAACGACAGGUCGGAAAGUGAAGGUACCAAGGCUCGUUCGUAUGCAUGCAGAUGAUAUGGAGGAUAUUCAGCAAGCUGGCGCAGGGGAAAUUGUUGCUGUGUUUGGCGUGGAAUGUGCCUCAGGUGACACAUUUACUGAUGGAUCAGUCAAGUAUACGAUGACAUCAAUGAAUGUCCCGGAGCCCGUUAUGUCUCUUGCUAUCGCGCCAUCAUCAAAAGAUGUUGGACAGCAGUUCUCAAAGGCUCUGAACCGCUUCCAAAAGGAGGAUCCAACUUUUCGUGUCAGUCUUGAUCCCGACAGCGGGGAGACCAUCAUUUCUGGGAUGGGAGAGCUUCAUCUUGAUAUUUAUGUGGAGCGAAUCAAGCGGGAGUAUAAGGUAGAUGCUAUAGUUGGAAAGCCUCAGGUAAACUUCAGAGAGACUAUCACCCAGAGGGCAGAAUUUGAUUAUCUACAUCGGAAGCAAAGUGGUGGGCAGGGACAGUAUGGACGUGUUGUCGGAUAUGUAGAGCCUAUAGAAGAAGGUGACUUAUCAGGAAAGAAGUUCGAAUUCAAAAAUAUGAUGAUCGGACAAGCCAUACCAUCGAACUUUAUUCCUUCUAUCGAGAAAGGAUUCAUCGAGGCUGCAAAUUCGGGUUCUCUUAUCGGCCAUCCUGUAGAGAACUUAAGGGUUGUGCUGACUGAUGGAGCUUCACAUCAAGUUGAUUCCAGUGAUCUAGCUUUCAAGCUGGCUGCUUUGUAUGCGUUUCGAGAUUGUUAUCAAAAAGCAAGACCGGUUAUACUGGAACCGAUCAUGCUUGUGGAAAUGAAGGCUCCCAUGGAGUUUCAGGGUCCGGUUAUCGGAGAUAUUAACAGGAGAAAGGGUAUCAUCGUCGGAAGUGAGCAGGAUGGAGAUGAUGCGGUCAUUACUGCACAUGUUCCGUUAAACAACAUGUUUGGCUACUCAACUGGAUUGCGGUCUAUGACCCAAGGUAAGGGCGAGUUCACCAUGGAGUAUCACCAGCAUGCUGCAGUACCACAGGAUGUCCAAGCCCAGCUAGUCAAAGAAUUUCAAAACAAGAGAGGUUCAGCCUAGUCACUGACACGAUGUGACAUGUGGAUGCCUUUUGAAGACCGGGGCGUCUGAUAUAUUCGGACAGAUUUUGUUUAUCUAUGGAGAUUAGGAUAGACUUCGUUUGCUUUUUCUACUCAUUAUAUAUUGUGAUGUCCUUAAGAAAGGACCGUCGGCAGGAGGAACUGAAAGUAUUUUCUGUUAAGUGACAUUAGACGUUGUUACAAUGAGGGUACAUUUAGAUAGGGGACAUUCAGGCGCAUGACCUGAAUAACUUGAGUUAGUCAUUACGAACAGCUUCUGCAGAGCCUGUUGUCUUGGCAUUUUGAUCCGACGUCGAAGAAGCCUUCAACAUUUUAGAAUAGAAACAUAGAAAGAACAAUCAGCUUAGCACUGAAACGCCGAAGCAUAUUACACCAGGUUAAGUCGUUACUUACUAGGGGCGUAUAUUGACUGAAGCUUGUGCACAAGAUGGCGAAGUUCGUCUGUCAUAAUGUGUCGUGCACAUACUGAAUAAAGACUUGGUGCUAAACAAAACCAAGGUAACGUUCCCACGCA